AUGGUGCUGUACCUGAUCGGCUUGGGUCUCGCGGACGAACAGGACAUUACGCUCAAGGGCCUGCGGGCCGUGCAGUCCUGCUCGAAGGUAUACCUGGAGAGCUACACGAGCAUCCUUCUUGUGGAUGACUUUAAAGCGCGCAUGGAAGCCUUGUACGGCCAGCCCGUGACGCUCGCCCAUCGCGAGACUGUCGAGUUGGAGGCCGACGAUAUCUUGCGGGGUGCCUACGAGGGCAAUGUGGCGUUCCUUGUUGUCGGCGACCCGCUCUCGGCAACGACACAUUCGGACCUGAUCCUGCGUGCGCGCCACUACCAAGCGCCUGGCGCAUCGGAGCCGACGCCGGUGAGCGUCAAGAUCAUCCACAAUGCCAGCAUCACUACGGCGCUUGGCUCUAGUGGCCUCGCAGGCUACAACUUCGGGCAGACCGUGAGCAUUCCGUUCUGGACCGACGACUGGCGCCCGGACAGCUGGCUCGCGCGCAUUGGCGAGAACAUGAACCUUGGCUUGCACACGCUGUGCCUAAGCGACAUUAAAGUGCGCGAGCAGAGUAUUGAGGAUAUGAGCCGCGGCGUCCUCCGGUACCAGCCGCCGCGCUACAUGCUCCUUCCCCAGCUUAUCGCCCAGCUGCUCGCAGCUGCGCGCGAGCAUCAGGUCGACUUUCUCGACCCUGAGCGCACGCUGGCCGUGGCGCUCUGCCGCAUGGGCGCGGACGAUUCGGCAACGCGGCGCGGCGAGCUCGUGCGUGCUGGUACGCUGGCGGACAUGCUCGCGUGCACCGAGCCUGACGAGGCACAGCGCCGGCAGGACGAGCAGGACGACGAGGCGUUUGAGGAGGCGCACCCGACCGUGAGCGAAAAGGAGAUGGACGCGCGCCGCGAGGCGCGUCGCGUUCAGCGCGCUAUCGCAUUCUGGGGCGAGCCGCUGCACUCGCUCGUGCUUGUCGGCCGCCAGCUGCACCCGAUGGAAGUCGAGUACGGCCAGUCGCUCGCACUGCCCGGCAGCCGCUGGGCAGAGGUCGCGCGCGACGUGUACGGCGUACACUAG